UGUAACACCGGAACUCGUCACAUUUUGCGCGGGUAGCUGUUUCAGUUUGAACUACGGAGCGUUUUCAAAACAAACCCGUCGUUUAACCUACAUUUGUCCAAAAUGAGCGCCAAAAAGGGCAGAAGAGACAAGGUGCCCCCAGCUGCAGCAGAUGACAGUCAAAAAGCUUCAUCUUUGGAUCAUUUGGAUUCUGCCAACCUGUCUGCUAUAGAGAGAGCUAGUUUCAUGGAGGGACUGCAGCUAAAUUAUGGCAACCCUCUCCACAGUACCGCUGUAGAAGAAGAUUUAGAAGUCUUAGAGGAGGGACGGGUGAACAAAGGAAGAGCGGGGAAAAAGGACGUCCCUGCCAAACAACGUGGAGCCGCUAAGAAGAGGAAAGAGACAGAGACGGAUGGAGAGAGCGAGAAGGAAAAGCAGCAACAGAAGAAGAGGAGAAGUACUGGAGGGAAGGUCAAAGCCAGGCCAGUGAAGAACCAGCAGAUGAAGAAGGACAAGAAGAGAAAGAGUGAAUCAGGAAAGUCCAGUGACCCUCAGUCACAGGAGGAAUCUGAGUCUGACACCCGCCAGCAGAGACGUAAGAGAGUCUUGUCCUCCGAUGAGGAGGAGGUGGAGGACACCAGCUGGAAACCGAGUCCGAAGAAACAUAGAGUGUAUAGUUUGGGCAGGACCAGAAAGUCUUCAUCUGGCACGUCCAAAUCCAGGAAGUCUUCAUCUGGCACGCCCAAAUCCAGGAAGUCUUCAUCUGGCAGUGCAUCUGCAGAACCAGAAGAGACCAACAGAGUUGAGCGAAAGAGGAAGAGACGUCAGGGAGGAACACAGUUAGAGGAGGUUCUGGAUGCCUUCCUUGAUUUCUGUGAGCAGUACAGGGAGUCGGUGGAGUCUAAAGCAGUCAAACAGUCCAUCGAUUCUUUCUCCAACAAUGUGAGGGAACAACUCACGGAAAAGAUCUCUUCUCACAAGGAGCUCAGGGUCCUAAAGAGAGAAAACGCUAAGGUGGGCUCUUUGAUCCGUACAAAGACACAGAGACUGUUAGAUGCCAAGCAUGAGCUGAUGAGGGCAGAGAGGCAGGCGUGGCUGCUGCAAAAAGAGAAAGCAGAACUUGAACUGAGACUAUCUGAUCUGAGACGAAGCCAUUCCUUCCUCUGUGACAUCAGAGAGCUCAACAGACAAUACUUAGAUUACCGACACACACACCCGCGAGAGAAAGAGACGUAUGGGGCAUCCAGCUUGCCAGCUCUGCUGUUGGAGGCCAGGCAUAUUCAAGGAGCAGAACAUCAGCUGAGAGGGAUCAAUAACCAACUGGAAAAAAGACUGGAGGAGAAUGUGAAAUAACAGCAAUGCUCAAAGGUUUAAAACUCCGGUGACUCUUACAGACAGAUUUUAUAUCCUGCACACGAACACCAUGAUGAAACGUUUCAAGAGAAAUAGAAUAUUGCAAAUACAAUAAAUACAAAUAAGAACGUU